UUCUUGUGUUAUUUCGUACACUGUUUUUAACAUUAAAUGGAAACAUAACUUAUCUUUUCAUGUCAAGGAAUGGAACAAAAAAAAAUGUUUUGAGGUUAAUAUAAAUAAGAUUUUUAAGGAAAAGUCAAGCAGUGAGUGUGUUGUUCUUUUGUCUAGUGCCAAAAAAAAAUAAACACAUUAAGAGAGCUUAUUGAUUACCUUCACCUCAUAAGAACAAACAGGAAUGACAGAUCGAGUUAUAUUAAACUUCAAGUCUGGCCUUUUAACAAGGUUUCUUUCUGUCACACGUGAGUUGAAAAAGCAUAAAAAGCAACUCGUUGGAAGGAGAUUUUAUUCAAUUCAGGAGAACAUUUAAAUGACAAGUUGUGACAAUCAAGACGAAGAACUCGUUUUAUUAAUUGGCGAUUUUCAUAUUCCUAAUUAUGCAACGCAUCUUCCUAAAAAAUUUCAAGAGCUUUUAGUUACGGACAAAAUUUCACAUGUAUUAUGUACAGGAAAUUUAGGCUCGAAAGAAAUUUAUUCAUUUAUCCACAAAAUCGCUCCUAACGUUCACAUUGUUUUAGGAGACAUGGAUGUGGAACUUCCCGGGUAUAAAGAGCCAGCUACGUUUCCUGAAUUCAUUGUUACCACCAUUGGAGGUAUACGUAUAGGUCUCAUACACGGGCAUCAACUUUUGCCUACACCUUCCCAAGAAGCUUUGAUUUCCUGGCAGCGUAGUCAGAAUUGUGACAUUGUCGUUUCAGGUUUCACUCAUCAAAAAAACGCUGAAAGAAUUUAUGGCAAAACAUAUAUUAACCCGGGAUCAGCCACUGGUGUUGGAAAACCUUACUACUCUAAGCCUACCACACCUACCUUUAUGUUAAUGUCUGUAGACAAAAACACAAAGUGCGUUCGACUUUAUGCUUACGAACUUGUUAAUAAUAACGUCGUACCGUCAAUGAGCCAAUUUUCCACUGACUCCUAGUAACCAUUAUAUCAAAACUUUUCACACUAGAAAACAAAUACACUACAACUUAGUUACAUCACAAUACACAUCAACAAAAGGUAUAUUUCUACAAAAAAAUAAUGUUAGCCGAAAUGGCCUUUAAGGUUGCACCUUUACGAGUAGAGUGAAAACU